ACAUGUGACAGACAUAAAAGGCAGCAUUGCGUCCCCGCUCGUUUUCGAUAUGACACCCUUCCCACAUGACCUGAUCUCUCAUUCGCAUAGACAUCAUGUGCAACGAUCAGCUAGACUUUGCCAUUGACAUCUACGGACAACAAUCUGCGACUGCUUUCGCCACGCCAUUCCUUUUCCUCUUUCCUUGCACCGAUGCAUCUGUCGCUAUCGCGACCAGUAUCCAGGAUAAGCUUGAGACUGGCUUGAACAUUUUGUGUCACCAGUUCCCCUACCUCGCCGGACGGGUCACGCUCAAUGCUCGCGGUGACUACGUGAUCCGCGCAGCUCAGCGGCCCGCCGUCGUACUUAGAAAUCGUUGCAACGAUGCCCAGGCUCCGUCGUUAGACGAACUCGUCGCCUCCCGCUGGUGCCAGGCCAAGAUGAGCGAAUCUCUGUUCUCUCCGGUGUUUGUGCUGGGGGGCAAGAAUCCAGAGCCUGAGGACCGAAACGCCGUUUUGACCGUUCAGUUGACGGUUCUCCGCGGUGGGGUUGCGGUGAACGUGGUCGGACACCACCAGGUCAUGGAUGGGACCGGGCAAGAGAGGGUCACGACGUUGCUUCAAAAGGCCUGCCGUGGUGAACCCUUCACCGAGGAGGAGAUUAGGCUCGGACUCAUGGAUCGGUCGACAUCGGUGACUCUCCUCGGCGACACAUGGCAACCGUCCGCCGACACGCCCUUUCUUCGCAAGCCGUCGUCACCCUCAGCGGCAUUCGCGUCACCGUCAGCUUGGGUCAAUAUCAGUUUCUCAUCGAGAUCACUCGUUCAAGUCAAGGCUGAAGCAAGCAAAGACUUGGAUCCAGGAUGCGCAUACGUUUCGACUGACGAUGCACUUGUCGCCUUGAUCUGGUCAUCGCUCGCUCGAGCUCGUUCUCAACGGUUGCCCAGCUCGGAGACAGCAACAUCGACCAUGGCCCGUUCGGUCGACCCGCGGAGAUAUGUUGGUUUAUCACGCGACUACCCAGGCUACCUACACAAUAUGGCAUUGACUACCGAAACGCUCGCAAGUCUAUCCACGACAUCACUCGGCAGCAUUGCUUCUCAUCUUCGCCGAGCCAUUGAUCCUGCGUCUUGCACGCUGGGCCAGACCACACGCGAACUCGGCACGCUCAUCCACCGCGCAGAAAACAGAAACGAGCCCGGCCCAGCGUCCGGUCUCGACCUCGACAUCGACAUCAUGUUUAGCUCGUGGGCCAACAUGCGGUGCUACGACUUCGAUUUUGGCCUUGGCCUCGGCAAGCCGGCGUUCUUCGGUCGUCCAAGGAUGACCGCCAAGGUCCCCAGCUUGAUGUUUCUGAUGCCCAAGCGAGCUGGUGACGCGAGCUGCACAUUGACGGCGUGCCUGAAUGAGAAGGACAUCGACGCUUUGCGUCAAGAUAAGAUUUUCUCAUUGUAUGCUGAAUACGUAGGAUAAGUCGUCGAGCUUCAAGCUACCCGACCUCGAACGAAAUGCGGGAUUAAUAUCGUAUGUUGGAUUGAUUUUCAAUUCGCUUUCG